CCCACACAGCCUGUGUCGAGACCCAGAGCUUCUCCGCUCCAUCUGAGUGAUGAGAGACCGUUCAGUCGCUCUCCUCUGAACACACCCUACCCUCAGACGGGACACACCUGGGGAGAGGUCAUAUCAGAGCGGGAAUUAAUUGGACAUGGCACAUUUCAGCAGAGAACAGUGAUAUUUCUGCGGUCUGCGUGGAAGAAAACACUGGAAUGACUUGAGCUCGGAGGAAAACAGUGACGGACGACGUAAAUAUUUACAUGCCCUUUUUCACAGCAGUACUGCUCGCCGUCGACUAAACUCACACUGAAACCUACAUCGUGUGCCUUUGAGAGACUGCGGAGGAACUGCGAUGUUAACACUUACAAACAACGACUGAAAUAAAAAUACGGGCGGGAAACGUAACAUCCUGCCGUAAGAUCGUGCUAGAAUUCUGUUGAACCCGACUGUGAGAGUUUCUGGAGGUUUGCGAGACUGCUCUCCUCUGCGGUCAUGCCGCGGGCAUCAUCAGAUCUAUUCCCUACCUGAGUGAAUCGAGGAUUACUGGUGCUUUGGCAGAAGAUAUUAAUUAUGCCCUAAUUGGACUGAAAUACAAGAAGUUUGGAAUGUAACACGCAGUGUUUUAGAUGGUUUGCCGCCUUAUAAAAUUCCAAAAUAAUUUUGCGCGUGCAAACGGAGGAUUCUAAAGAGUGAGCAACGGACGUUACACGAGUCAGCUGUGAAUGAUAUAAAAGUUCAACGUUUUGUAAACUACAAAUUGGAUGAGAAAUGUACGCAGUGGAGUCAACUUUUUAAGUAAUUUUAUGAGCGUAAUCGCUUCGUAUCGCGGAACCCAAACGGUCGUUUUGCGCUCCUUGUGCGGUUAACCCUCAAGACGUUUUAAACAAAACACAAGUAUUUUUGUGAGAAUAUUGUGAUGUGUUUAUACAUGGUAAUGUGAUAAAUAACGACAGUACAGUGUUUUAUUGAUGCAGCGCCCGAUACAAACAUCAUGAGCAGCUGUUGCUAUGGUUACCUACGCAGAAGCGAUUUCUGUUCGCGUAGGUAAAUUUUGUGGUUACUGAAACGUUAUUCGAACGCUGUUGAAACAUAUAAAUGCUUAUGUAAAAAUACAUUUCUAAGACCCCCAACUUUAAUUUGGGGUAUUCAUGGCUUAAUUAGGGGGUCGUACAUCCCCCCAAACCUCCCUCAUAUUUCACACCCUGUGAAUGAGCACGUUUGUGAAACAGAUUUUACUGAAAUGCCAAGUUUUUGUAAUUUUAUUAUAUAAUUUCACAUCUUAAUGCAAGUAUAUUUUCUCUGUCAGCUUAGAGAUGACAGGUGUAAGGUGAGCAGAAGGACUUUUAAAACACUGUUCUCCAAUAAACUUUAUAGGAACACUAAAGCUUAUUUCUUAUUUUCAUUUGUUUCUUACUAAAUUUUAUCUCGCGUAAAAUUAAAAGACUUUUAAUAGUUAAAUGUGGAUUCAUUUUGAAAGUAUGCCCAGUCUGGAGGCCCUUUUCCAGGGUGAGACUCUAUAACCAAACAUGGGAGCGAAGCAAACGAAGGGACAGGAGGCAGGAGCGAGUCCUCAGAGCACAGGAUGGAAACGGACCCCAACGAAAGAGCGAGGAGACAUCCUUACUUCUAUAAUGUUGAGGUCAGGAGACAAACUGAGGAGCAGUGGGACUCCUCCUCCCUACCAGCGGCGCAUCGGGAUGAUACAAGAGAUGAUGCUGAUGGCAAAGCAGGGGAAACACGAUGAGGCGACAGAGAUGCUGAAGACUCUCCGGCAGGAUCUGGGAAUGGAGUCAACCUCUCUGGAUGAUGUUCUCUACCGCUAUGCCAGUUUCCGCAACCUGGUGGAUCCCAUUACCCAUGACCUCAUUAUCAGCCUGGCCAAAUAUAUUCACUGCCCAAAGACGGAGGGAGAUGCUUUGGGUGCCAUGGAGAAGGUGUGCCGUCAGCUGACCUACCACCUGAGCCCACACUCCCAGUGGAGACGGCAGGGGCUGCUGAAGAGAAAGCCACAGGCCUGGUGA